UCUCUUCUUUCAUCCUUCUUCAUCUUCCAAUCUCUCUUCUCUUUGUUUUCAUUUUACAGAGCAGAGAUUUGCUGCAAUUUUUUUGCCCCUAAUUCCCUAUUUGGAGCUCUGAGAUGGAAUGCAAAAACCAGCAGUCUCAGGCCCCAAAAUAUGAGUGUCUUCUAUUUGAUGUUGAUGACACCCUUUACCCUCUUAGUUCUGGUUUGUCCAAACAGUGCACCAAAAAUAUUGAAGAGUACAUGGUUCAAGAACUUUGGAUAGAGAAAGAUAGAGUUGCAGAGAUGAAUCAGUUUUUGUACAGAAAUUAUGGGACUUCCAUGGCUGGUCUUAAGGCUGUUGGUUAUGAGUUUGACAAUGAUCACUAUCACAGCUUUGUUCAUGGAAGAUUACCCUAUCACAAUCUCAAGCGUGAUCCUGUCCUUAGAAAUCUCUUGCUUAGUUUGCCCAUUCGCAAAGUUGUAUUCUCGAAUGCGGAUGAAGUUCAUGUUGCAAAAGUUCUGAGUAGGCUUGGGUUGGAGGGCUGCUUUGAGAGGAUCAUAUGCUUUGAGAGUCUCAACUCCUCUGGUUUGGACUCUGCUUCCGAUGAUGGCUCUGAAUCUGAUUCCAAUAGCUCGAUGCCGAACAGCGAAAUCGACAUCGACGCUCGUCCACCGCUCCCCAUCACUCCGGUUCUGUGCAAACCUUCUCAGCAUGCCUUUGAAUCUGCACUCAAGAUAGCCAACAUUGACCCCAAAAGAACACUCUUCUUAGAUGACAGCAUCCGCAACAUAAAGACUGGGAAAGCCAUGGGCCUUGACACUGUGCUGGUUGGGUCAUCCAACAGGACAAAUGGUGUGGAUUAUGCAUUGGAAAGCAUUCACAAUAUGAGGGAAGCACUGCCACAGCUUUGGGAAAUGGAUGAGAAGAUGAAGAACACAAGGCUUUCUGGGAAGAUUGCAUUGGAAACAUCUGUGUUCAUGGCCUAACUCAUAAUACCUAUAACUUUUUUAUGAUUUGUUUCAACAAAAAACGUGUUUGGAGGCUUUUGAUAUCCAUCCCAUUUGUAAUAAAGCUAAGGUUUUAACAUAUCAAAGGUUGUAGAGAAAAACUCACCUUUUUCUUUGCUUGGGUAUGCAUAUUAUGUACUUAUAUUUGCAAAUUUUAAAUAAAAGAACUUCAAAAUGGAUGAAAUUCAUCACCUAA